UUGGGGCCGGCUUCCUGGAGUCGGCCAUCUCGUAGCUCUCUUCGGGAAGGUUUUUGAGGCCGGGUUGCCUUCUGGUAGUCGGCCUUGGUGAUAGCCGGCCAGAAGAAGGCGGCCCCGUGCUCUGGAUGCUUGAAGGCUCGAUCGGCCUGCUAAUUUUUCAAAGAGCCAGGAGGAGUCGGUUAGGCUAUCCGUGGCCAUUUACUCCGACACUUCUAUUCUUGACGAAGCAGCUAUUGUAUUUUCUACCCUCAGUUUCAGUGGAUCAGCCAUUCUCACCAGGAUGACUCGUGGUUUUGAUGUUGUUAUAAUUGAUGAAGCCAUGCAAGCUGUAGAACCAACGACUCUUGUACCCCUGGUUCAUGGAUGCAGACAAGUUUUUCUUGUUGGCGACCCAGUUCAGUUGCCAGCAACUGUAAUUUCAUCAACUGCUCAGGAGUUAGGGUAUGGAACAAGUUUGUUCAAGAGAUUUCAAGCUGCUGGUUUUCCUGUGCAAAUGCUCAAAAUUCAGUAUCGUAUGCACCUAGAGAUAGCAUCCCGCUGUCAAUUCAUCUGAGCUGAAAACUGGAACGGUUUUCUGAUUUUGUUAACCCAUUACCGAAAAAGGCUUUCGCCCCGCUUUAUAUUAUAAAGCAAACCGCCCAGGCCAAGCAUCCAACAAGGUUUAACAAAGCACACACACACACGCAGACGGAGGUCCACAAGAACACAAAGAAGCAUUUUGGGUAUCCUAUGAAGAAGCACUUCUCCGAUUUGGGUUCAAGC